AUGGACGACAUUGAUGGUUUUACAAUAGUCGAUGAGCUAGGCUCAUCAAACGAACAAACAUAUGAGAUGAUAGAUGUAGAUGAUACUACUGAAAACGAUACGAAUACUAAGAAACCAAUAACACCUAGUGCUAUUGUACCUCCGGUUGUUUCAAAAACGUUAGCCGAUCAAAUCCCUGAAGUUGUUCAACAACACACACCGCAUUUUGGUAUCAAGUCACCAGAAUCAAAAUUGCCAGAUUUGCCAAUCAAAACAAUUACUCCUAUCACAUUGCCAGUUGAAAUUCAAAAAACAGUACCAUUGGUAAUUCCACCAGUACCACCUCUACCAAGACCUCCAGUUGCACAACGUUAUGGUGAUGCUGCUUUUAUUCCUCAUAGUUUAGAUCAAAUGAGAGAUUUAGACGAUAUUAUAAAUACAUCAAGAAAUGAUCACCAAAAUACUUUGAAUGCUAGUAUUCGACAACAACAAAAACAACAACGAGCAAUUCAAACAACAUUUGAGGAUAUGGCGACCGGCUCAGCUUUUAGCAAUGUACUUAAAGCAAAAGAAGAUUUACAAAAAUCGCCCGAACAGUUAGAACAAGAAAAACGAUCAAUAAUUGCACAACGUGUACCAGCAUUAAAUCUCGAUGGCAAUGGAAAAGAAGAUCUUAUUGAAAAAGCAAAACAAUUUCAUAAUCUUCUUCAACAAUUACAUGGUGCUAUUUAUGAAUUAACUGAACGAUUUGAACGACAAAAAUAUGAUAUGGUCGAAUUAACUGAACGUGCUCGCCAAAUAGAAAAAGGCAAAGCUAAAACACGUAAAUCAAAUAUUGUUCAUACUGGUCUUGGAGGUGGCAUUUUCGCUGGUGUCAAUGACGUAACAGCAAAAGCACCCGCAAAAGUAUCACUUUUCAGUCGAUACGAACGUUUAACUGAUCGUCGUACAUAUAAAGAUCGUCGUGAUGUCUUUGCUGUACCGAAGCCAUCAACCUAUGUAGCUCAUGAAAAUGUUAAAGGUAAAAUAAGUCUCAACGCACCUGCUGGACAUUCAUCACGAAAACCUAAACAAAUUGCUAAAAAACACGAAUCAGAAGAAAAACAAGAAUCAUCACCACCACCUGCUGAAGAAGAGCCAGCAGAAGAACCAGCAGCAGAAGAACCCGCACCCGAAGAACCUGAAGCUGAAGGAUCAGCUGCUGAAGAAGAAGCUCCAGCCGCAGAGGAAGAAGAAGAAUGA